AUGUGUUUUCCAGAUACGGAAAAAUGCUGGAAGUGCCCAGACAACCAGUGGCCAAAUAAAUGGAAAGAUAAAUGCCUACCAAGAAUGAUUUCCUACCUGACCUAUGAGGAGAUACUAGGAGUUUCUCUGUCAUCUGUUGCUGCGUUUUUUUCCUUGGUUUCUUUUUUCACUUUAACAACUUUCAUCCAUUAUCAAAAUACAUCUGUUGUAAAAUCCAACAACCGGAACCUUAGCUUCCUUAUUCUUGUGUCCCUUACUGUCACAUUCCUCAGUUGCUUGGUCUUUAUAGGUCUCCCAGGAAGAUUCACCUGCAUUGUAAGACAGCCACUUUUUGGCAUAACCUUUACUGUUUGUGUGUCCUCUAUUCAAGCCAAAACCAUAAUUGUAUUUUUGGCUUUUCAUGCCACCAAACCUGGAAGUCCACUAAGAAGAUACCUUGGAAAGAAGCUACCAAGCUCUAUAGUGGCUAUAUGUUCUUCUAUCCAGUCUCUUAUCUGUAUGACAUGGAUUGGGAUUUCUCCACCAUACCCAUUCAAGGACUUUUAUUCAGAACCUGGACAAAUAAUUAUUGAAUGCCAAGAAGGUUUAGGGUUAUAUUUUAUGUUGGGAUUCAUUGGGCUUCUUGCAAAAGGAAGCUUUAUAAUUGCCUUCCUUGCUAGGAAUUUACCAGAUUUGUACAAUGAAGCAAGACUUAUCACCUUUAGCAUGUUAAUCUUCUUCAGCAUAUGGAUCUCCUUUAUCCCAACUUACAUGAGCACCAAAGGAAAGUAUAUGGCAGCUGUAGAGAUUUUUGCCAUUCUAUUUUCUGGUGGUGGGAUUCUGCUAUGUAUGUUCUUUCCAAAGUGUUACAUAUUGCUUUGUAAACCAGAGAGGAAGAGGAAAACUUGCAUUACACACAGUCACCCAGUGAAAACUAUUCAAUAUAACCUACAAAAAUAA